AUGCAAGAGACCAGCGCACUUUCAAUCACCUCGACGUACUUUUCGGCUUAUCGACCGAUCGCGCUAACCUCAGCUGAGAACUCCUGCCAGGGCGAACGCUACGAUUCCACGAAAGCGCCACCUCGCUACAUCGGAGAUGUAGUCGCUCAGCGAAAUGAUACAGCAGAAUCGUGCAACGACGGCGCCUUCUGUACAAAGCGAGACAGUCGGGAAACCACGGCUUAUCCGAUUUCCGCGUUCUGUAAACCACUUUGGUGA